AUGAACCGAGCAAUUCUAGAAGGCCUCAAAAGAAGGGUGACCGGGGAACAUGGAGCUUGGGUAGAUGAACUCUCUAGUGUCCUGUGGGUGCUACGAACAACCCCUAAGGCCGCUUCGGGAGAAUCCCCGUUCAGCCUGGCAUUCAGAACCAAAGUGGUCCUCCCACCCGAGAUGACAUUCCUAACUUGGCAAACCAACACCUUCGAAGAAAAUGACUCCGAGGAAGGCCUCAGGGCUAACCUCAACCUGCUCGAAGAAAGAAGGGCCGAGGCGCACCUACGCACCCUGGCGUACAAAAAGGCCGCAGCCCGACUUUAUAACCGUAGGGUCUACCCAUGA